CAUAGAUAAGAUCUCUGUAUAGAAAAACCUGUUCUGUAACAGGAGAAUGAGAGAGUCAUAAACAAGAAGUCUUUGGUAAGAACUCUACAUAUGUCCCAGCAAUGACAGAAGAUCACGUUCCUCCCCACAUCACACAUUUCUCCAUCUUCAUCAUGAUCGUCUGUGCAGUGCUGCUGCUGGCUCUCUCUGGAUGUUUUGGUGAAGUUGUAGACGACUUUACUCAUACGUGCCCUUAUUUCUUCGCUGACCCAGGAGGAGUUAUGUCUCCUCCAACUGUAUUUGCUGGAAAUCGGUAUCAACAAAUCUGCCAAGUUCGCCAAGGCAAUUUACACGAAUACGCAACCCUUUACGACACAGCAAACAAGAUCCCCGUGUACUCAGCCUACAGGUUUGAUGGUUUAAUGAAUUGCAGAAGAAAUGAAAGUUGGUUCAUUGAACCCCAGCUUGAAAACGGAAUGGCAAGUCCACGAAUGGAAAGUGAAAACAGGUCCAUCAACUACCAAAAUCAAGCUGUCAAUGCAAACUAUGAGAAACGAGGAUUUGAUAAAGGGCACUUGGCUCCAGUCUACCAUGCCAGGGACCAGAUAUGCUCUGAUGCCACCUUCACCCUUACCAACGCCGCUCCACAAAACAGUAGUUUCAACCAAGGCCAAUGGAGGGUGACGGAGAAGAAUGUGGCUACCAUUCUGACGCAGAUUUGCAGCGGAAAUUCUGCUUACAUUGUCACUGGAGUGGUUCCUGGCAAUAACAGACUGAAAAACAGAGUUAGUAUACCCAGUCACUUCUGGACGGCUUACUGCUGCCCAGCCUAA